AAUAGCCCCUUAUCACCAACCCACUCUCCCUGUUAAAUACUAAAAUAAGAACAUACAAACACACAGCAUUGGAGAUCCUUCACUUGUAAUCCACUUUUCUUGAAGUGGGUGUUGAGCUUGAUUCAUUCAAGUUCAGUUCAAUCCAAUUUCACCAUUAGCAAUGGAGCGUGCACGCAGGCUAGCAAACAAAGCCAUCCUCAGGCGCCUCGUUUCACAAACCAAACAAAACUCACCAUCACCUGCGUUGUAUUCGUCUUCAAGGUAUGUUUCUUCGUUAUCUCCAUAUCUAUCUUGUGAUGGAAAUGUUAGAUCACAAAGAAACAUUCAUGGGUUUGGUUCUCAAUCUCGAUCCAUAUCGAUCGAAGCUUUGAAACCCAGUGACACUUUCCCACGCCGCCAUAACUCUGCCACACCAGAAGAACAAACCAAAAUGUCCGAAUUCGUUGGGUUUCCGAAUCUGGAUUCACUCAUUGAUGCUACUGUUCCUAAAUCGAUUCGUCUUAACUCCAUGAAGUUCCCCAAGUUUGAUGAGGGUUUAACUGAAUCUCAAAUGAUUGCACAUAUGCAAGAUUUAGCUUCUAAGAACAGCGUUUACAAAUCCUUUAUUGGUAUGGGGUAUUACAACACAUCUGUUCCUCCUGUUAUUUUGAGGAACAUUAUGGAAAAUCCAGGUUGGUAUACCCAAUACACUCCUUACCAGGCUGAGAUUGCUCAGGGAAGACUUGAAUCCCUGCUCAAUUUCCAGACCAUGGUCACGGAUCUCACUGGUUUGCCCAUGUCGAAUGCUUCAUUGCUCGAUGAAGGAACCGCGGCUGCAGAAGCUAUGGCUAUGUGCAACAAUAUUCAAAAGGGUAAGAAGAAAACAUUCAUCAUUGCAAGCAACUGCCACCCACAAACGAUCGAUAUCUGCAAAACUAGAGCAGAUGGUUUUGAUCUAAAAGUGGUUACAGCCGAUCUGAAAGAUUUCGAUUACUCAUCUGGUGAUGUUUGCGGGGUAUUGGUCCAGUAUCCUGGGACUGAAGGGGAAUUGUUGGAUUAUGGAGAAUUUGUUAAGAAUGCACAUGCGAAUGGUGUUAAGGUUGUGAUGGCUAGUGAUUUGUUGGCUUUGACUGUCUUGAAGCCUCCUGGUGAAUUUGGAGUUGAUAUUGUGGUGGGUUCGGCUCAAAGAUUUGGAGUUCCGAUGGGGUAUGGAGGUCCUCAUGCAGCGUUUCUUGCAACAUCCCAAGAGUACAAGAGGAUGAUGCCCGGAAGAAUUAUUGGUGUUAGUGUUGAUUCUUCCGGGAAGCCUGCUCUACGUAUGGCAAUGCAGACAAGGGAGCAACAUAUCAGGAGGGACAAAGCUACCAGCAACAUUUGUACAGCUCAGGCAUUGCUUGCAAACAUGGCUGCUAUGUUUGGUGUUUACCAUGGACCAGAAGGCCUAAAGACGAUUGCACAACGAACCCAUGGACUUGCUGCAACAUUUGCUGCUGGACUGAAGAAACUUGGGACAGUAGAUGUUCAGGAUCUCCCCUUCUUUGACACUGUGAAGAUCACAUGUGCCGAUUCAAAUGUAAUAGCUCAAGAAGCUUACAAAAACAAGAUGAAUCUCCGUAUCCUGGACAAAAACACUAUAACUGUGUCAUUUGAUGAAACAACCACCAUUGAGGAUGUUGAUACUUUGUUUAAGGUUUUUGCGUUGGGGAAACCGGUGCCAUUCACUGCCGCAACUCUUGCACCAGAGGUUCAGGAUGUUAUCCCUUCCGGGCUUGUAAGGGAGACUCCAUAUUUGACACAUCCAAUUUUUAACUCUUUCCACACGGAGCAUGACCUACUCAGAUAUAUCAGCAAAUUGCAGUCAAAGGAUCUCUCGUUGUGCCACAGUAUGAUUCCCUUGGGGUCUUGUACAAUGAAGCUUAACGCAACUACAGAGAUGAUGCCCGUGACAUGGCCAGCCUUUGCAGAUAUGCAUCCAUUUGCCCCUACUGAACAAGCAGAAGGAUAUCAAGAAAUGUUCAAGAAUUUGGGGGAUAUGUUGUGUACCGUAACUGGAUUUGAUUCUUUCUCUUUGCAACCAAAUGCUGGUGCUGCUGGAGAGUAUGCUGGGCUGAUGGUUAUCCGAGCGUAUCAUAUGGCAAGAGGAGAUCAUCAUCGCAAUGUAUGCAUCAUUCCCGUAUCAGCACAUGGAACAAAUCCUGCUAGUGCUGCUAUGUGUGGCAUGAAAAUCAUUACUGUUGGAACAGACUCUAAAGGUAACAUUAAUAUUGAAGAGGUACGCAAGGCUGCCGAGGCAAACAAGGAGAGCCUAUCUGCUCUAAUGGUUACAUAUCCUUCAACUCAUGGAGUUUAUGAAGAGGGUAUUGAUGAGAUAUGCAAAAUUAUUCAUGACAAUGGAGGUCAGGUUUACAUGGAUGGAGCAAACAUGAAUGCUCAGGUUGGCCUAACAAGCCCUGGAUGGAUUGGUGCGGAUGUUUGUCAUCUGAACCUUCACAAGACAUUUUGCAUUCCACACGGUGGAGGUGGUCCUGGAAUGGGUCCAAUUGGUGUGAAGAAACACUUGGCACCGUAUCUGCCUUCUCACCCUGUGGUUUCAACAGGAGGCUUACCAGCCCCCGAAACGGCUCAGCCACUUGGUACCAUUUCUGCAGCACCUUGGGGAUCUGCACUUAUCUUGCCCAUAUCAUACACAUACAUUGCCAUGAUGGGAUCUAAGGGACUUACAGAUGCAUCAAAGAUAGCCAUCUUGAAUGCAAACUACAUGGCAAAACGUCUUGAGAGUCACUACCCCAUUCUUUUCCGUGGUGUCAAUGGAACCGUUGCCCAUGAAUUUAUUGUUGAUUUGAGACCCUUAAAGACUACGGCUGGAAUAGAACCAGAAGAUGUUGCUAAACGUCUGAUAGAUUAUGGAUUCCAUGGCCCAACAAUGUCAUGGCCGGUUCCUGGGACACUAAUGAUUGAACCUACUGAAAGCGAAAGCAAGGCAGAAUUGGACAGGUUUUGUGAUGCUUUAAUAUCCAUUAGACAGGAAAUAGCAGAAAUUGAGAAGGGAAAAGUUGAUAUCACAAACAAUGUUAUCAAGGGAGCUCCUCAUCCCCCUCAACUGCUCAUGGCCGAUAAGUGGACAAAACCAUACUCUCGAGAAUAUGCAGCCUACCCUGCCCCUUGGCUCCGUGCUGCUAAGUUCUGGCCAACUACAUGCCGUGUAGAUAAUGUGUAUGGUGAUCGCAACCUUAUUUGCACCCUUCAGCCCGCACAUGAGGAAGAAGAAAAGGCUGCAGCGACUGCUUGAGUUGAAGGUUCUCUCCGAAAACAAAAUGGCUUUGAAUUCUUACUUCCUUUGUUCUUCAUGUUCCUUCUAUAGGUUGUUGUAUAUACAAGUUCCAUAUUUAUCCACUGUUACAGCUGCCGGUUUUCAUCUUAUUCUUGUAAUCAUGGUGAUUACCAACCGCUCUAAUAACGGUUUCUGCUAAUUUAUAGCUUUCUUUUGUUACAA